CGCGUGUUCAAACCUCACGCAGCCGUACGCUCGUUCCUACAUCUCCACUCGCAAAUGUUCUACUCAUCAUCAUAGGACGCAUUGCUAAAUACUUGUAAUGGCUCCUCUAUCUGCCGCAUUAACGGACGAAGGGAAGAGACGAAGCUCGAUAGAUAAAGCGAAAGUGUCACAUCUUUCGCGACAAUUACAACUACGCCUUCAAUAUGCCAGACUCAAAGUAGAACAUGGCUGGCAUAAACAAAAUCUGAAUGAAGUUGAAAAUCUUUACUUUCGGCGAACGAAUAAUAGACCGCGGCAACAAUCAGGCUUUGGACCGACUACGCAAACUUCCUAUUUGAGUACUAGUAACAUCCACCCCCUAGCUCCACAAACUUUAUCCUUCAAAGCACAUACCUUUUCUAAGGUUUUUGAACCUGCCCCAGUCACAAUGACCAAUCAUCCGGUCGUUCCUUUUUCUUCUUCUCCGGCUACUGGUCCUUCUGUGGAUAGUUCCCCUCCAUCGUCCACCGCAGAGCUUAGUGAAACUCAAUCUUCAUCCCAGGGUGCUAUCAACCCCUCUUCUCUGACUUCUUCGCUGUCUCCCUCUUCCUCGAAUAUCGGACCAGCCAUCCCAUCAUCCGUCGUCUUAACUAUGCCUUCCCGUGCUCAUGUAUGUACAUCCUUUCUCUACUCAUAAGUGAUAUCUCAUCUCCGUCCUACAUCCGUCCUAGACUGCUUCCACUCAAGAAACACACCAACCAAUCCCUUCACCCUCUGCAUCUGCAUCCGUGCAGACUUCAAAC